AUGCAAAAGGUGGUCACCGCUACUACUGCACCCACACACAAUUUGUAUUUUGCACGCGAAUCAGGCUCAAGAAAACCCAUUCCAGCUCGAGCACAAUCAACGGGUGCACCUGCUUGGACCCAAAGUCCCCUUGAACAUCACAACUUGAGCCCAGACUUCGCGCCUGAGACUUGGAACGUUUCAUCCACGCAAGACUCGCCGCCACCUCUCUCAUCCUACAUCUCCCGUCCAACUUCGAUCCAGAAACCUUCAGCAGCAAUGCCUGUUCGUACGAAUCUUGGUGACAUGUCAAAAACCGAAACUUCUAGUCAUCCGUCUGAGCGUGUCCCAAACAACGCUCAACGAUGGCGACUCAAUGGUUCGGGCCAGCUUGUCGAUCCAGACGCAUCGCUCGACUGGGAUCUUGCCCCGGAUCUUGCCAGGCUGAAGCUCGGCGCUGUUGGCGACCUUACAGACGACAUACAAGGCCGACUAGGGACUUCACCUCAGUCCAAGCUAGGUGCUGCAGCUGUGGCGCCAUUCAAUGAUGCGAGUCCGCUGGAGACGGCUUCUGACGUCAGUCUUGACUCCAGCCCCAAUACCUCUGAUCAUCAAAUUUCGCCUUCCCAUUCUCGCGUGUCGUCCACUGACACACUGGAAUCGCACGGAUCUGCUAUUUCUUCCGCUAGUCAUACCAUGCGAGGGCAGCCCCAGCUGAAGAUAGCAACGGGGAAUGAUGCAAAGGAGCGUCCUCACUCCUUCAGUGGCGGACUAUCUUCUGCUGAUUUGCGUCGUCUGAAGCAAGCAGGGGAGGAGCAUGUACAUGUGCCUGCUCACCCUUGGUCAUCUGCUGCUUACCGAGACCGUGUUGGUGGCGGAGAGAAGCCCUUUCCGUCUGAGCAGCCCACAUACCCGUCGCUGACCAACGCAUCAUUUGGUCGCGCACAACAGCAAUUUGACUACCGUUCCGCCCAAGGUAAUGGCGACUUGCAGGGCGAUUAUUCCGCUCAGCGCAGCUACUUUCCCCAACCUUCUGCUCCCAGUGCCGUCGCGCCACAGCACUUCCUCCAAGGUCGCCCCGCGAACGGGGUUCAAUCUGCAUAUCGCCAGCCUCAGCGAGGUUACCCCCCACAACCGUUGGUUCCAAGCCCAACGGGACUUGCCUAUGGUGCACACGUCCCUCACCUGUCGCUCGGUAACACUCAGCAACUCUAUGACAUGGUUCUCCCUGCAGGAGACAAUCAUCACCCGGCCGUUACCCGUGUGCAGCAACAACACAACGUUUUCCGUGGUGGUCAUCAGCACUCUGCCUCGGACCCUUCCGCUCUGCGAGAUGCUGCUACAUUGGCGCUUCUGAGCAAUCAAGCAGUUUUCGCACAGGCGACUCAUGGCAUGUAUCCCCCCAUCCAUCCUGGCCUCUAUAAUCAGUUCUACGGUACUCCGGAAUCAUACUCCACGGAUCUGGCCGUCGCAGCCAUGGCUAACCGUCUGCAAACCCAUUUUACCAGUCCGUAUGGAUCUUUGCCAGCUCAAGGCAUGGGAGUAGAUCACUCCGUGAAUUCAGGAUCUGAGAGCCCUUUGCAAAGCAACGGUGGACCGAGUGCCAACAAUCGCAAACUUGGCUUGUACAAGACCGAGUUAUGCAGGUCAUGGGAAGAGAAGGGCUCAUGCCGGUAUGGAGCGAAAUGCCAGUUUGCGCAUGGAGAAGAUGAGCUUCGGAAUGUCGCUCGUCACCCCAAGUAUAAAACAGAAAUCUGCAGGACAUUUUGGGUGUCAGGUGCAUGCCCGUACGGGAAACGCUGUUGCUUCAUCCAUACCGAGCUGCCAGUCUCAGGCAUCGCACCGGGAGCCGACGGUAUUCCUCCACCUUCAGCCACUGCAGGCAAUCGUGAGCGCUCGAAUAGCGAUCCCAACGAAUCGUCAAUAUCCCUUCUUCAGCGCAUCCAGCGCAAGGGUGACUCAACACCAGUGGAUAAUUCCCCGCCUUCGGGUAACUUCUUUAAUACUCGACCUCCCACCGGCUCGCUUCGCGUCGACACGUCUGCUCUCAAUAAUAUUACGAAGCAGAACAAGUCAGCAUACCCCACCUUUGCCAGCAAUGCCUUGAUGCUUUCAAGCUCCGAGCAAACACCUAUGAAGUCUCCAGUUGUUCCUCUGACGGCCGGUCCUGAUUUGGGGCGGCACAAUAAUGCACGUCUGGAUAUCGUAGGAUACAGCCAGCAACGUCUUAACAGGACGAGCGCCACGACACCCAACGCCAGACACUCUUUCAAUGGCACGGAUGUAGAUCUUGAUUUUUCUUCGCCGUCCACACCUUCUGCCGCAACCCCCACAACAUCUUUUGCACUCUCGCAAACCGACAGGGUAUCGAACAAUAAUGCUGUUCCACGCGCGCAUGUUAGAUCCGGGAGUGCUGGAAAUUGGGGCAGUGUUACUCGUAGUAGCAACCUAGCUGGUGUGCCCUCAUACCCACAGGCCUCCGGGGCCGGAGAAUCUAAUUCUCCGUGGGCAUCUGGUGACCUCACGGUCGGGACCAGGCUCGGAGAAAAUUGGAUGUAA